AGAUCACUGAGUACCCAAACAAGUUUACCAAACAGAGUUAUCCUCGUACUUUUCUGUGUGCCUUGGAGAGUAAGACUUCUCCUUCGAUCAUCGCCAGGCUGUCGGGGCUUGAGCUCCAUCAUCGAGAAGUGCUGUGGACACAGUGGUGACCUGUCUCAUCAAAAUGAAGGUCGUAGCUCUAAUCAGUGGUGGCAAGGAUAGUACGUACAACAUGAUGCAGUGUGUGGCAGCGGGUCACGAGAUUGUUGCACUGGCCAAUCUCCGGCCACCCGUUGAAACAGGACAAGAUGAACUUGACAGUCCUAUGUUCCAGACAGUGGGUCACUGGGCCAUCGAAGCCAUAGCUGAGUGUAUGGGAUUACCGUUAUUUACACGCGCGCUACACGGUACGUGUGUAGAUGGAGACUUGCAUUACCGGCCAUCCAAGCAUGAUGAAGUGGAGGAUAUGCUUGCGCUGCUAAAAGAUGUCAAGGAUAAACUUGACGUGCAGGGUGUCUCUUCAGGUGCCAUCUUGUCAACAUACCAACGUGUUCGCGUGGAGAAUGUGUGCAAUCGUCUAGGACUGACCAGUUUAGCAUACCUAUGGCAACGUGAACAGGCUGAGCUUCUACCAGAGAUGGUGGAGGCAGGUGUGGAGGCAGCCAUUAUUAAAGUGGCAGCUUGGGGUCUGAAGCCCUCCAAGCAUCUCGGUAAAACCCUUGGGGAAAUACAAACAGACCUUCUUAGACUCCAUGAUCGCUACCAGAUCAACGUGUGUGGUGAGGGUGGGGAGUAUGAGACGUUCACCUUGGACUCUCCUCUCUUUCACAAGCGCCUUGUCAUGCAUAGCACGGAAGUCGUUGAAGACCCAUCCAGUGACCCGUCUGCUCCUAUUGCGUAUCUCAAGUUUUCUGUCAACGUCGUCGAGAAAGAGGUUUCAAGCACACCGUGGACACCAGUACGCACUGCGUAUGAACCAGAACCACUGCAUCUCAAGCCUGCUGACUGGUCUGAACCGGCAGUUCCAGUACUAAGCGUACCCGUGUACGCCACCUGCGCAGAGUCUACUGGUUCAGCAGGUGACAUGACACGCGUUGCUGACACAUCACCAUGCCUGAGAUGGAUUGUUGUGGACUCAACCUCCGCCGAAGUGCGGAGUGCGUGUGAGCAGGCUGAACGUGCGCUGGCAACUUUACAAGAGAAGUUGAGUGCUGUCAAUGCCAGGCUAUGUGAUGUAUGUCAAGUUCAGCUCUACGUUCGAGACAUGUCCAACUUCAAGCCGAUCAAUGAUGUCUACUGCAGGACAUUCAGCCAGGGUCCGCCGGCCAGAGCGUGUGUUGGUCUCAACCUGCCGUGUCACCUGCGUCUGGCAUGUGUUACUCUGACUAAUCAAGCUAGCAGCAGCGCUGUCGGCAAUGCUAACAGCGCUAGCGGCGAUGAUGACACAGCACACGUUCAUCGGUGGCACCGGGAGCAUCUUCACGUGCAGAGCGUAUCACACUGGGCAUCGGCUAACAUUGGCCCCUACAGUCAAGCAGUUCAGGCCAAGCCACUAGUCUGGAUAGCUGGUCAGAUUGGCUUAGUUCCAGACAGUAUGCAGCUGAUCAGUGGUGGAUGGCAAUGUGAAGGUCCACUAGCCUUGCGACACGCUAGUAGAAUUCUGGAUGUGCACAAGUUGUCACUGGACAACUGUGCGUUGUUGACCGUCUUUGUGACCAGCGACAGUGCACUGCGUGAUGUCAUGCAGCUCUGGCAGCGAGCCUGUGACAAGGUGGCAGUGACUGUCAUUGUUCAAGUGCCGUCUUUACCUCGCACUGCUGAAGUUGAAUGGCAGAUUGUAGCAUGCCGCGGCGAUCGUACUUCUAGCAAUGUUUUUACCGAUCAUCAUCCAUCACAGCACUAUCACGUUGACUGGCAAAUAGAUCAGUAUAGCAGUGAAGAAGAAGAUGAUGAUGAUGAUGUAGUUGAGACAUUAGCUGUUUCAGCGUGUGUGGUUGCUGAUGAUCAAGUGCGCGAUGAUCAGCACCAGCUUGCAGCUGAAGAUCUAGCCCAGUUCUUGUGGCGGAGUGCCAGUGAGAGGCUAGCAAGGGAUGUGAAAGCAGCAGAUGUCGUACAGGCUCAGCUGUUUGUUGCCGAGUCAUGUUGCGUGAAUCCUGGCAAUCGUCUCACACAAGUGAUGGAGCAAGCAGUCAUUGGAUGGUUUGGGAAGCCGGUACGCAUACUCUGUGCUCCGGUUCAGCGCCUGCGGAGUGGCUUCAUGACUCUUCAGCUACUUCUAAACCUACAGGGACAAGCACGGUCAGCCAACUAGAAUGGCCCUGCCGCCUCUCAAGAAAUUGCUACUGAGGACUUGACGCAUAAUGUACUAGUACCAGUGUUGCACAUUGCUUUGAGAACGGGCUUAUUCCCAAUGCCAA